AUGGCCCAGACAGUCAUCGCGACCCAACAGGACGCAGCUGUCUCAGAAGAGGAUUGCUGCAAGCAGGAUCGCCAGCCGAGCGUUUAUGAGCUCUUGGACGAACUGAUCAGUUUUGAUCGAUCCACACUGACCAAGAUUCUCGCCGUGUGUGCCUCCACGCUGCUGCUCGUCAGCAGCAUCUUGAUCUACCAGGAGGUCGCUGCUGGUCGGACGGACCUCGCGAUGAUCUAUGGAGGCUUCUUCCUCUUGGUGAUCGGAUUGGUUGCAUCUGUGGCCUUUGUUCUGCACGAGACCUCGCAGUUGGAGGCUGUGCAGACAGCUGAGAAAAAAGGCGAAUAA